GUUAUCCUUAUUUGGCAUCGUAAAUCCAUGCCGUUCUUCUGUAGAUUGUUCUCAUCAAGAGCCAGAAAUCAUAUUUCCUCGAGAUUCCGACAUUUUCUCGGGAAACAAACAGAACCCACGACCCAUUCCUCUCCAAACCGCCAUAACCUUCGUCCCUUCUCCACCUCUCCAAUGGCGGAUCUCGGCGUUGCACAUCGGAACCUCCACGUCAACGGCAUAAGCAUGCACGUGGCCGAGAAACCCGGCGUCGACGGCGCGUCGGCGAACGCGCCGGUGAUACUAUUCCUCCACGGGUUCCCGGAGUUAUGGUACACGUGGCGGCACCAGAUCGAGGCGCUGUCGUCGCUCGGAUACCGUACGGUCGCGCCUGAUCUACGCGGGUACGGAGACACCGACGCGCCUGAGAGCGUGGAGGACUACACCUACUUCCACGUCGUCGGAGACAUCGUGGCUCUGAUCGACGCCGUCACCGGAGGCGACGCGCCGGUGUUUGUGGUGGGCCAUGACUGGGGAGCGAUGAUCGCGUGGCAGUUGUGUCUGUAUCGACCGGAUAAAGUGAAAGCUCUGGUGAACAUAUACUCUGCCUUCUGAUUCGUCGAACUCACCUCCCAUGAAGAUAUUCAGAAUCAAAAUAGGGUGUAUAAAUCCACACAUAACCAUAAGUUCAAUGAUUAUUACAUCUGUAGAUUUCAGGAAAAUGGAGGAAUAGAGGCAGAGUUCGAAGAGUUCGGAAGUGAGAGAGUGUUGAAAGAGAUUCUGACGUACAAAACGCCGAGGCCUUUGCUGAUGCCUAAAGGCAAAAUCUUCGAGCGGCCAAAGAACGCUGCGAUUGCGUUGCCGCCAUGGCUGUCGGAACGAGAUUUAGCUUAUUACGUGUCUAAGUACGAGAAGAGAGGCUUCACCGGAGGCAUUAACUACUACAGGAACAUUGACAGAAACUGGGAACUGACGGCGCCAUGGACGGGAGCUAAGAUAAGGGUGCCAGUGAAAUUCAUGGUGGGAGAUCAAGAUUUGACUUACCUCUCUCCCGGAACCAAAGAGUACAUCCAUGGCGGCGGUCUGAAGAGGGACGUCCCGUUGCUCGAAGAAGCCGUCGUGAUGGAAGGUUUGGGUCAUUUCCUCCACGAGGAAUGUCCCGACCGUAUCAAUCUUCACAUUCAUGAUUUCUUCAGAAAAUUUCUUUAAACUGUGAAAUGAUUCCAACGUGUGUUUUUUCCAUUUCAUGAUCUGUUCUUCAAUAUUUGUCUCUCUCAUGAAUAAUAAACGAUGUCUUUUGGACCGCUUUGAUAUAA